AUGUUGAAAAACGUUGAAUUCAUCAAGACCCCCAAGGCAGGGCCUACUCCUCCGGCCACCGACAAGACGGGUGUGUUGACUUCUGCGUCUCCCUCCAUCCACAAUGCCCCAUUGCCAGCAGAUGGACCUGGUUCCAAGCACUUCAGCAACUUGGCCAUGGCUGGUUUCACCGUGCUUAUCCCAUGGUUUGUCACCAGAAAGCUCGGAGGUGGGUUCAAGACCUGGUUGUUCUUCUUCUUGAUCUUUGCCCUUCCCAUCAUGAUGGCCUACUGGACCAUCUUGUCGUCCUACUCUCCCCGUUUGAACGAAAAGGCUAAGUACCCAAACCGCCCCAUUUCUUACUACUUGGAGUACCACACUGAAGAAUUGAAGGCCAAGUACGAAACCUCUAACGGUGGCCAAGGAACCAAGAUCCCAAUUGAGACUUUCCAGGAGUUGUUCUUCGAAGGUAAGGUCAGCUUCAAGGGUGACUGCUUGGAUGUCAUGGAAUACAAGCACGACUGGGCCAACUUCCGUUUCACUCUUUCUUUGUUCAGAUACUUCUUGUUGGGAAUGAUUCCUGAAGUCAUCAUGCACUCUCAAUCCCAAGACGAAGAGCAGGUCAGAGAUCACUACGACAGAGGUGACGAUUUCUACACCUGGUUCUUGGGUCCCCGUAUGAUCUACACUUCUGGUGUUAUUAGUGAUGUUACCAAGGAAGAAUCCUUGGAAGAAAUGCAAGACAACAAGUUAAAGAUCGUUGCUGACAAGAUUGACCUCCAAAAGGGUGAACACGUUUUGGACUUGGGUUGUGGCUGGGGUACCUGGGCCACCUACGCCUCUUCCCAAUAUGGUGCUCGUGUUACUGGUAUCACUUUAGGUAAGAACCAAACCAAGUGGGGUACCCAAUUGUUGAGAGACUACGGAGUUGAAGCCGACCAGUCCAAGAUUGUCUGUGUUGAUUACCGUGAUGCUCCUAAGUCUGACAAGCCAAAUGGAUUGUACGACAAGAUCACCUGUUUGGAAAUGGCUGAGCACGUCGGUAUCAGAAGAUUCACCACUUUCUUGGAUCAAGUUCACAACUCUUUGGAAGACGAUGGUUUGUUCUUUUUGCAAUACGCUGGUUUAAGAAAGAACUGGCAAUACGAGGAUUUGAACUGGGGUUUAUUCAUGAACAAGUACAUUUUCCCAGGUGCCGAUGCCUCCACCCCAUUGAGUUUCGUUGCUUCCUGUUUGGAAUCCGUUGGUUUUGAAAUUGUUUCUGUUGACAACAUUGGUGUCCACUACUCUGGUACUCUUUGGAGAUGGUACAGAAACUGGAUUGGUAACAAGGACAAGGUUGUCAACAAGUACGGUGUCAGAUGGUACAGAAUCUGGGAGUUCUUCUUGGCUUCCUCCACCAUUGCCUCCAGAAACGGUACUGCCACCUGUUACCAGUUUGUGUUGAGAAAGAACAUCAACUCAUACCGUAGAGUCGAGUACAUUCCUACUCAAAAGGGUUUGUUGGCUCCAUUGAAGGAGGGUACUGCCUGGGCCAAGGCCUAA